AGAGGGAGGAAGAGGAAAGAGGGCUGUAACGCUGAAGAGCAAACAAAAAAAACUGAGUGACAGCCACAGGAAUCCUGCUGCACUGAUACAACCCUGAGUGGAGACAUGGAGAGGAAUGCUGGGAAGGAUUAUCUCUCCCUCAGGACUCAGCACUAAUCUCUCUCUGUACACACACACACACACACCUUGUACGUCUCGUAAAAGACCUUUGGCAUGUGGAUUAUUGACUUUGUAGCUUUUGCAGGGUAGCCAUGUUUGGAGUCCUUGAGCGGUUUAGGUGUAGUAGUGAUUCUCUGUAGUAACAUUAGUGAGUGAAUGACAGUCUGAGUGUCGUUUACUACAACCAUAUUUGGGAGACUGUAACUUUCUCACCUUAAACAUUUGUUGUUGCUGUGCCUGCAGAAUCCAUUUAGUCUGUCUGUUCUGUACCAUGUUUUGAGUGUCGUGCAUGCGAGCUGUUUGGAACAUUGACCUCAAAGUAUAAUUACGCUGUCAGACUCGUUAGUAUCUCAGCUUCUUCUUUAAAUUUCCCUCAGUGUUGUGAUUGUGUGCCUUGGUGUGGCCCUUUGCUUUGCAUACAGUGUACACACUGAGGCUUUGUUUCAUGGUUUCAGGUCAUGAUUCCCUGUUUAUGAUUUGAGUGCAGUGAAGCAGCAGGAGUCAGACAGCUACGAAGGAGGACUGCAUUUGCUGGUUUUGUAGGAAGUAAUUAAGGACAUUGGCUUGACUUUUUUGUGAUAUUGCAUUAUUUUUUUUUUUUUAAUGGAGCACCCAGAAUUUCUGGAGGGUUGAAGUUCAUUCUGACAACAUGUGACAGAGCAUGAGACCACAAGAACUGAACAAAUUGUCUCCUAUGGAUCCGGGAGCAGACACUGAUCAGGCACAUGAGGCCGGACUGGAGGCCUGUGCUGGUGGAGAAAAAAGAAUGGAGACGGACAAAGAAGACGAAGAAGAAGAAGAAGAAGAAAGGUUGCUAAAUGUGAAAGGAGGCAAUGGAGAAUUCAGCUCUGCGUCCUCUUCGUCUAACUCCUCCAUGCCUUCCUCCUCCUCUCUGGCUCCGUCCUCCUCCUCACCGCCUGUCUGUGUGGAGGAAGAGGAGAUGCUGACCGGCUGCUCCAGGACUUUCACUGGACUCAGGCUGUUCAGGAGGAAAGCAAUAGCCAAGUCCGGCCUGCACCAUCUGCCCUGCCAGCCCAGCACAUCAUUUUUGAACAAGACCGACCCAGAAGCGAGCAUCCGCAGCACUGUGGACUGGACUGAGUCAGCUCUGUAUGGAGAUCAUAUCUGGUUUGAGACAAAUGUGUCUGGUGACUACUGCUAUGUGGGAGAACAGCACUGCAUUGCCAGAGCACUGCAAAAGUCUGUCAGCAGAAAAAAGUGUGCUGCCUGUAAGAUAGUAGCUCACACCAUCUGUAUAGAACAACUGGAGAAGAUUAAUUUCAGAUGUAAACCAUCAUUUAGAGAGUCUGGCUCUAGGAACAUUCGAGAGCCCAUCGUAGUGCGUCAUCACUGGGUACAUCGGAGACGACAAGAAGGCAAAUGUAAACAGUGUGGGAAGGGCUUCCAGCAGAAGUUUGCUUUCCACAGUAAAGAGAUUGUUGCCAUCAGCUGCUCCUGGUGCAAGCAGGCUUACCACAACAAAGUUUCUUGCUUCAUGCUGCAACAAAUUGAGGAGGCUUGUCCAGUAGGAGCUCACGCUGCCCUUAUAGUUCCGCCCACAUGGAUCAUAAGAAUCAGACGCCAUCAGUCAUCUAUGAAGUCGAGUAAGAAGAAGAAGAGGACGUCAUUCAAGAGGAAAAGCAGCAAGAAAGGAGCAGAGGAGGGACGACAGUGGAAGCCGUUUAUAAUCCGACCCAUCCCCUCACCUCUGAUGAAGCCACUGCUCGUGUUUGUCAACCCAAAGAGUGGAGGGAACCAGGGAACGAAGAUCCUUCAGUCCUUCAUGUGGUAUCUGAACCCCAGACAGGUGUUUGACCUCAGCCAAGGGGGACCAAAAGAAGGGUUGGAGCUGUAUCGUAAAGUCCAUAACCUGAGGAUCCUGGCCUGUGGCGGAGACGGCACUGUGGGCUGGAUCCUGUCCUGCCUGGAUGACCUCGCGUUAAAUCCUCAACCUCCCGUCGCUGUGUUGCCGCUUGGGACAGGAAAUGACCUCGCCAGGACGCUCAACUGGGGAGGGGGUUAUACGGACGAACCUCUGUCUAAGAUCCUGUCCCACGUUGAAGAUGGAACCGUUGUCCAGCUGGACAGGUGGAAUCUACAGGUUGAGCCCAACACCAGUGCCGGGGCUGAGCCGGAUGAACAGCAAACUGAUAAGCUCCCUCUGGACGUGUUCAACAACUACUUCAGCCUUGGAUUUGACGCCCAUGUCACUCUAGAGUUCCAUGAGUCAAGAGAGGCCAACCCAGAGAAGUUUAACAGCCGUUUCAGGAAUAAGAUGUUCUAUGCUGGGACAGCAUUCUCAGAUUUCCUGAUGGGAAGCUCCAAAGACCUGUCGAAGCACAUCAAAGUGGUGUGUGAUGGCACAGAUUUAACAUCAAAGGUUCAGGACUUGAAGCUGCAGUGUCUGGUCUUCCUCAACAUCCCCAGGUAUUGUGCAGGCACUACACCUUGGGGAAACCCCAGCGAGCAUCACGACUUUGAGCCGCAGCGCCAUGACGAUGGGUACAUUGAGGUCAUCGGAUUCACAAUGACUUCACUGGCCACUCUCCAGGUUGGAGGUCAUGGUGAGAGGUUGAACCAGUGCAGAGAAGUCACCCUCACCACUACAAAACCUCUUCCAGUGCAGGUGGAUGGUGAACCUUGCAGACUUGCUCCUUCUGUCAUCCACAUCAGCCUCAGAAACCAGGCCAACAUGGUUCAGAAAACCAAGCGGCGGACCUCGCUACCGCACCUUAAUGAUCAGCAGCCGGUCCCAGAGAGGCUGAGGAUCAGAGUGAGCAGGAUCAGCAUGACCGACUACGAGGCUCUGCACUAUGACAAGGACAAACUACGACAAGCAUCCAUUCCUCUGGGACUGAUCGUGGUUCCUGGUGACAGCGACUUAGAAACCUGCCGAGAACACAUCCAGCGAUUGCAGGAGGACUUCUGCUCUGUCCAACCCUCCCUCAGAUGUUUGGGACCGCAGGAGGAGGCGGCCAAGCCAAAGAUUCUCUCCUCGCAGAGACUGUCUCCAAAGUGGUGUUUCCUGGACUCUACAACAGCGGAUCGCUUCUACAGGAUAGACAGAGCACAGGAACAUCUCAACUACGUAUCUGAAAUCUCCCAGGAAGAGAUCUUCAUCCUGGAUCCUGAGCUGGUUGUUAUGGCAACAGUAGGCACCUCCCCCUCAGCCAUGCCCGAUCUGGUUAACCCUUUGUCCUCUGGCCUGGUGAACAGCAGGGAAAACUCCUCUAAUCAGACCUCCAGCAAAGUCUUUGUCUCCCCCGUUACAUCUUCACCAUCUUCCUCAUUAAACAUACCUUCUUCCCAGAGGCAGCGAGUCAACAGUGACAGCUCUGCAGCUGAAGCUUUAACACACAGCACAACACCUGCGGCCAGCAAACUCACCCGGGCGGGUUGCAUCCAUCGUUCCAACACUGCUGCUGCUGAUUUUAACCUAAGACACAAACAGGAAAAGAGCCAAAAGACGAGUGAAACAGAGAAAGAGAAAGAUGUAUUUUUUUUUAAUCACCACACUCCCUCCACUUCCUGUCUCUCUUGCUCUUUCUCCCUCGUUCCAGAAAUGUUGAUCGAGUGUGUGAAGAGCAAGGACCUGAAGAAGCUGCAGGAGCUGCACCUGAAGGGGGCGGACCUCGCGAUGCUGGACCAAUCGGGGUGCAGUCUGCUCCACCAUGCUGUCACUGCGGGAAGCAAAGAGGUGGUUCGCUACAUCCUUGACAACGCUCCAAGUGACCUGCUUGAUGUCACAGAAAAGCUACAUGGGGAAACGGUUCUUCAUCGAGCUGCAUCUCUGUGUCACAGAACCAUCUGUCAUUAUCUGGUAGAAGCUGGAGCAUCGCUCAUGAAAACAGACCUACAGGGCGAUACUCCUAAGAACAGGGCUGAGAAGGCUCACGAUGCUGAACUGGCGGCCUAUCUGGAGAACAGGCAGCAUUACCAGAUGAUACAGAGGGAGGAUCAGGAAACAGCUGUCUGAAAGUGUUGAAGUCUUUCUGAACGGUAUGAAGAGAGUCUGUUCCUUCCUCAUCUUGACCAACCAGACUGACAGCAGCUCGUUGAUGCCUGCGCGACAUCAGGACUGGACUUCACAUUCCAGUUGACUGCUGACAUUCCUCAAAAGCAGACUAAGUGACGCUGUGCCAAAUCUGAUCUCAACAUGCGUUUAAUAAUGAGGGCUUAUGUUAAUGAGGGCGAGGCUACACCGUUAGAUUAUGAGAUGCUCGUUAAAUCAUUCCUUUUCAUUUUGGAUAGCUUGGUAUUAAAAAAAAAGUGUUUGUGAAAUCCUUUAUGUUUCUGACUUGGAAUAUCAACCUGAGGAGUUGGCAAACUUGAUCUGCUACAAACCUCCAUAUCAAGCAACAACACAAGAGUCCACGUACAAACUGCCAUGAUCUAGUGAUGCUCCUGGAGUUGAAUUGUCUCAGAAUUUUUUUGCAGAUUCCAAUUUUUAAUGUGACAAUGGCUGAAAAAAAUACAAAAAACCUGCAAAGCCCAUUUUCCAGUCUGACCGUGCUUCACUCACACUCACCUUUCCAAAGUUUUCCUUCUGAGUGAGAUCAUUAAAUAAACUGUGUGCAGCUUGACAUUUGAAAAUGGCUCGAGAUGAAAGUUUAUCAAGGAGAACCUCAUGGGAAACAGAAUCCAGUGAAAAGGCCAGAUUGUCAAAGCGACCCGGGUUCAUCCUCUGGGGACCACAAAUACCCACAAUUAACUUUAUGGAAAUCAGACCACUAUUUUCAUGAAUCAAAGCGUUUGACAUUAAGCGUAACAGAUCCUGAAAUCACAAGGAUUCAUAAAUAUCUGGUUUCAUGACAGCGUAGUGGUUUUUUGACCAAACUGUCGGACAGAUCAGAGGAGCUACUGACGUUUCCAUCAGCUUGUUAAUUAGCAGUUAAUUCACUGAACAUUAAUGCCACCAUCAGUUAUCAACAUUAUGUAUUGACAUUGUACUUACUGCAUAUAUCGGUUGGUUUUCAUCAUACAUGCUGUAUUUUGUUAACUUGGACUGGCAUAUUCUACAGACAAUUCAUGUUUAUAUGUUGGAAAAUAUUCAAAGAAGGACUGAAAGUCUGAGUUGGAUUCCUGGACUCAGAUGACUUUACACUCGUACAUGAGAUCAUGAUACAAACAGCAGUUAAAUUGACACAAUGCACAGUCAUUUUUUUUGUUUGUUUGUUUGUUUUCAAAGACCAACAUCUGAAAAAAAUCAAUAUGUGAUUACGUUCUUCUUUUGAUGACUGUGUGUGAAGGGUCUAUUACAGUCUAGAAAUGUCAGAUUAGAUCAAAUGGAUGUGUACGUGCUUUAGAUCAAUAAAAGAAAUUGUUAAUAUUUUAUUAAUCGUGUUGUUAAAGUCAAGUCAAUCACCCAGAUCCUGGAUGAUUAGGAUCUUUUAUUAAAAGGUAUAUUCACAAAUCAAUGUAAAAGCAACAACCCAAACCCCAAUUCCUCGCUAAACUCGCUGAAACUGGACAGUGAACUGUGAUGAGGACGGCACCGGCACUGAGCUGUGAGGUACAUUAUAUUUUCGGGGACACUUUUGUGAAAUCAAAGAUGAAGCUUUUCACUUCAGUUAAUCCUCUUAAUCCUUUGAAAAGCUGUAAAUUUGUACAAACACGAGGUUCGUUCCAGAAAAACGAGUGGGAAAGCCCUCCUCCAGAUUAAACUGCCAACAGUCUUAAAUCUAUCGACGUCUAAAUUAUUACUCUGACUAACAAAGUGACGAGGGGACCGAGGAUAUUUAUGUGCAUGUUAGUGUCCUGGACCUGUGUUUGAUCUGACAGCUGGAAUGUGAGAAUAUAUUUAACAGCCUUAUCAGACGCUGAAGGCAAAUCAAAGCAGCCGUUCUCACCUGCUCAGGUACAGAAGUGACAGACUGGAUGAGAUGCAGGCGCCUCAGAGACCAAAUCAACAAAAUUCCUUCCUUCAGACAGCAAGAAAUAAAAGCUGCGUCUCCAGAAUGAUGCAGAAGCCUGAUCAGAACCCUGGACUCUGUUCCAUCACGUCUACAGGGAGAUGAAGAAUUAGGUUUCUCAUGUUCUGUGUGAACAAAUGGGAUCAAAAUAAAACUCUGGGAUACUAAUGUGCAUGUAAACAUCGUCAAGACGUCUUUAGAAGCACAGCAGGAAGCAUGUCACCACUGUUAACAUGAGAAUGGUCUUUUAAGUGUGAAGGCCUUCAGUUACAAAGCCUACAAAGAAUACACAAAGAUUUGAACAAGAAUAGGACCUUUUGGGCCUCUGCUCCGUAUAAAACUGAAGAUCUGCUUUGAAGAGAAAAGCAAGUGAACCAGUCCUCAGCCCGUUUGAAUCCUAAUUGAGACUUCUGGGAGUCUGAUGAUGUCAGGCGAAGCUUUGUACAGUAAAUUAUUAGAACAUGCGAUGACUCUGAUAAGCGAAAAUCAGCUAUUAAAUAUUGAAAAACCAAAAAGUGUGAAGCUAAUUUCACUCAUGUUGUUUAGUUCUGUUUUGCCUGUGAAUUUCAGCAUUUUGAACUUUUUCGAUGUCUUCAGGUUAGCUUUGCAUUGACAGUAAAUUCUUGCAUGUGCUGCAUCACAGUGAUGUACAGUAGGUUAGAUCUUUUCUUCUUUUUUUUAAAAUUACAUCUGUUGCCAAUACAGUUUUUAUUAUUUCAUGUUUAAUACGUUUUUUUUUGUUGUUGUUGAAACAUUGGUGUGAAAUAGUAAAAUAGUUUGAAUUUUUCUAUUUUUGUUUGUCUUUCUAUCUCUGCAUUUGUUAAGUUGUUUUAAGUUCUUUGUUUAUUUUUGUUUUUGAGAUCGAUAUGAAGAUAAUAAAAGAAGGCAGAAUAUUUAA